AAGAGGAGGAGGAAGAGAAGGAGGAGGGAGGUGAUGAUCCGGAGAGAAGAGAUGAAGAAGACCGAGCCAAGCGGUUGGUGGGAGCCUGGGAGGCCUCCCAGGACUCCAGGCCGCCCCUUCCGGACCCGGAAUUCAACCGGCGCUGCAGCCUGAUCGUCAGUGACAUCCGGUACAAGGAGGACCUGGACCGGAUGAGGGGGCGGAGCCAGUUCGUACCCGGAGCAGAACUGAUCCACAGCAAGAACAUCAGCGCCGUCAUCUCUGAGUCCAGGUACCAGGAGGACGGCAGGAAGGAGGCCUCGCUGUCCCUCUACUCGGUCCUGCCGGAGACUCCGGAGACGCUGCACUGCAGGGAGGCCACGGACCUGCAGAGCCAGAUCAAGUACAAGGGGAACCUGAAGACGGAGAUUUCCUCGUCUCUUUAUUCUCUUCUACCAGAAACCAGCGAGACCCAGUUCGUCCGGGAGCUGACGGAUCUGCUGAGUGAGAACAAGUACAAGCAGGACGGCAGGAAGGAGCUGAGCAGCAGUUUGUUCCACCAGCUCCCGGAGACCAGCGAGACCCAGCGGGUCAGAACCGUGCAGGAGUUCCAGAGUGAGGUCAGGUACAAGGAGGACGGGAAGAGACGAGCCUCGGUGUCUCUUUACUCUCUCCUGCCGGAGACGCCGGAGAUUCAGCACAAGCUGGAGAUGACGCAGCUGCAGAGCCAGGUGAACUACCGGCCCAAGCUGACGGUGCGAGGAGCUCCGUCCUCUCUCUACUCUCAGCUGCCGGACACGGCCCAGAUCCAGUUCGCCAGGGAGAUGACGGAGCUGCAGAGUGAGAGCAAGUACCGGGACGGCGGGCGCCGGAGUCUCAGCCAGAGUUUCUACUCUCAGCUGCCGGAAACUUCCCAGACGCAGUUCGCCAGAACCGUGGCCGCGAUGCAGAGCCAGACCCGGUACCGCGAGGCUGGCAGGAAGGAGACGGCGGCGUCGCUCUACGCGGGUCUCCCGGAGACGCUGGACACGGUUCACGCCAGAGACGUGACGGAGCUGCUCAGCCAGGUGAAGUACCAGGAGGACGGGAAGAAGGAGAUGAGCAUGAAUCUUUACUCUCUGCUGCCGGAAACCAUCGACACCAAACACGCCAGGGAGGCCUCGGACCUGCAGAGUGAGGUAAAGUACCGUCAGGGUCUGAAGCAGGAGAUCCAGACCAGUUUGUACCACCAGCUCCCGGAAACCACGGAGACGCAUCUGGCCAAAUAUCUGUCGGAGCUGCAGAGCGACGUGAAGUACAAGGAGUCGGGGAAGAAGGAGAGCGGCAGCUCGCUCUACUCUCUGCUUCCCGCUACGCUGGAAACUCAACACGCCAAGGAGGCCACGGAGCUGCUGAGUGAGGUCAAGUACAAGCAGCUCGGCAGGAAGGAAAUGUCCAGCAGUUUGUACGCUACGCUAGCAGAAACCUCGGAGAGCAGCUUCGCCCGCGACGUGGCUAACGUUCUGAGUGAGGUCAAGUACCAGCAGGACGGCAGGAAGAGUCUCUCCCAGAGUUUCUACUCCCAGCUGGCAGAAACCAGCGAGACCCGGUUCCACAAGACCGUCAGAGACCUGCACAGCCAGAUCAACUACAGGAAGGUUCCAGACGGUUCCAAGUCUCUGUUCUCGACGCUGCCGGAGACGAUGCAGACGCUGCACGCUAAGGAGGCCUCGGACCUGCAGAGUGACCUCAAGUACAAGGCGGGGCUAAAGGAACUAGCGUCCAGUCUGUUCCACCUGCUGCCGGAGACGCUGGACACGCUACACGCUAAAGCGGCUAGCGCGCUGCUCAGCCAGGUGAAGUACACAGAAGAGGAUAAGGAAGAUCUGAGCUCCAAUCUUUACUCCGUUCUGGCCGAAACCAUCGACACCAAACACGCCAGGGAGAAAACCCACCUGCAGAGCCAGGUGAAGUACAAGGAAGGGAUGAAGCAGCAGAAUCAGAGCAGUUUGUUCCACCAGAUGGCAGAAACCACGGAGACGCAGCUGGCCAAGCUGCAGUCGCACCUGCAGAGCCAGAACAAAUACAAGGAGGCGGCUAGCAGGGACGCUAGCAGCUCUCUGUACGCGCUGCUGCCCCAAACCCUGGACACGCAGCACGCUAAAGAGGCCGCCGCGCUGCUCAGCCAGAUCAAGUACCAGGAAGGCGGGAAGAAGAACCUGAGGAGCUCGCUGUUCGCUACGCUAGCAGAGACGCUGGAGACGCAGUUCACCAGGGAGGUGACGGAGCUGCUGAGCCAGAUCAGGUACACGGACGCCGGCAGGAAGAGCCUGGCCCAGAGUUUCUACUCCCAACUCCCAGAAACCUCGGAGACGCAGUUCGCUAAGACGGUUUCUGAGCGGCAGAGCCAGAUGAAGUACAAAGAAGCAGGAAGGAAGGAACAGGCGAGUUCUCUGUUCUCGACUCUACCGGAGACUCUGGACACACAACACGCCAAAGAGGCGUCGCAGCUGCAGAGUCAGCUGAAGUACAAACAGAACAAAGACGCAAGUCUUUACCACCUGAUGGCCGAGACCAACGACACCAUGUUCGCCAGAGAACAGACGGAGAUGCUGAGUGAGGUCAAGUACAAAGAGGACGGCAGAAAGGAGCAGAGCGUCAACAUGUACUCGGUUCUCCCCGACACGGUGGAGGGCCGGCACGCCAGGGAGGUGGGGGCCCUGCAGAGUCAGGUGAAAUACAAGCAGGACGGUCAGAAACAGACCUCAGCGUCUCUUUACCACAAACUACCGGAGACUCUGGAGACUCAACACGCCAAAGAGGCGUCUCUGCUGCAGAGUCAGGUCGUGUACAGAGAGGCCGGUCAGAAGGACUUGUCCUGUCCCGUUUACCACCUGCUGCCCGAAACUCUGGAGACGCAGUUCGCCCGCGAGGUCGGAGACUUGCAGAGCGACAACAAGUACAGGGAGGAAGGUUUGAGGAACCGCUCCCAGAGUUUCUACUCCCAGCUGCCGGAAACGGCAGAAACCACGUUCGCCAGAGCCGUGUCGGACCUGCAGAGCGAGAUCACGUACAGGAAGUUGGCGAGGCAGGAGGCCGGCAGCAGUCUGUACUCGGUGAUGCCAGAAACUCUGGAGACUCAACACGCCAAGCAGGUUUCCCAGAUCCAGAGCCAGGUCAAGUACAAAGAGGACGUGCAGAAGGAUCAUUCGUCCAGUCUGUUCUCCCGCCUUCCUCAAACCCUCCAGACGGAACUGGCCAAGGAAGUGACGGAGCUCCAGAGUCAGGUGAAGUACAGGGAGGCGGCGGCGGCGCCGCUCUACCACCGGCUAGCCGAGACGGCGGAGACGCAGUUCGCCAGGCAGGUGACGGAGCUGCAGAGCCAGGUGUCCUACAGGAGGGACCAGGAGGACCAGUCCUGCACCCUGUACUCGCUGCUGCCGGAGACGCUGGAGACCAAGUUCCUGAAGGAGCUGGAGGAGACGCACAGUGAGGUGAAGUACCGGCAGAAGGACCAGACGUCUCUGUUCUCCAAACUCCCCGAGACCAUGGACACCAAACACGCCAGAGAGACGACGGUUCUGCAGAGCCAGUGCCAGCUAGCUCCCGUUUAUAGCCCAGAACCAGUACAAGCAGGCCGGGUCCUCGUCCUCCAGUCUCUACGCGACGCUGCCGGCCACGGCAGAGACGCAGCUAGCCGCUAA